AUGGAUGGUGCUUUGUAUUUGAAUGAUCCUAUUGUGCCUUCAAAUCAAAAUAGUAAUGGUAAUGAUAAUGGUAAUGGUAAUGCUACUGCUAAUGGUUCUGGUAAUGAUGCCUCGACAAAUGAAAAUGAAAAUGUUGAAAUAAUUCUUGAUAAAGAUCGUAAAUUGACUUCUGAUGUCUUGCCAUAUUUUGUGCGAGUGAAGUUUAAUGGGGAGAUUAAAGCUAAGUGUAGAUACUGUCGAAAACGAUUAGGUGGUGAUACUAGUAAUGGAACCUCCCACCUAAGGAACCAUUAUAAAACUUACACCCAAAGAAAUAUACAUGAUGGUAGGCAGAGAGUUCUUGGUCCUGAUUAUAAACCAACUAGGAAACCCCUCCUAUCUGCUACUCAAUUCAAUUCUGAUGUGUCUAGGAAGGAAUUGUGUUAUUUAUUAUGA